AUGUCAUUAGAUCAAAAGCAUCCCAUUCUGUUACCCCCGAAAAGUAGGUUCACUAGAUUGCUAUUCGAGCGCGAACAUCGUAGAUUACUACACGCAGGCCCACAGGCAUUAUUAUACUCGAUUCGCCGGCGAUAUUGGACGGUUGGAGGGAAGAAUGUCGCGAGAAGAGUCGUUCAUAAUUGCGUGAUCUGUUUUCGUAACAAACCGAGAGCAUUAUCACAAUUAAUGGGGCGACUACCCGCAGAUCGCGUGACUUCAAGGCGCCCAUUUUUUGUUACCGGCGUGGACUUUGCCGGACCAAUUACAACGUUGGUCAAUCGGGGCCGCGGCAGAAAAACUAACAAAUCUUAUAUUUCAUUAUUUAUUUGCUUUGCUACGAAAGCAAUACAUCUGGAGGCCGUUAGCGACUUGAGCGCGUCUUCAUUUAUUGCUGCAUUGAGACGCUUCAUCGGGCGUCGAGGCUGUCGGCAGCGCAUCUAUAGUGAUAAUGCGACCAAUUUCGUGGGUGCUAAAAAUGAAAUCUAUGACAUCCAAAGACUCAUCCAAGAACAAUUUCAGAAAUUAAAUGAUGAAGUUUGUGUAUCCAACAAUAUAGAAUGGAAAUUCAUUCCCCCGUCAUCUCCCCAUGUGGGAGGAAUUUGGGAAGCCGGUGUAAAAUCAUGCAAGUUCCAUUUGAGGCGAAUCAUCGGUGAGACGUUGUUGACUUUCGAAGAGUUGAACACGGCUUUGAUUCAGAUCGAGGCGUGUUUAAAUUCGCGGCCGAUUUGUCAAUCGCCUUCCACUCCUGUUGAUUUGCAGCCGCUUACACCGGGGCACUUUCUUAUUGGAGAGCCUCUGACGGAGCUGGCGGAUAUUGAUACGAGUGACGUACCAAUUAACCGCCUCGAUCGGUGGCAGUUGAUACAGAAAAUUAGGAGAGACUUUUGGAAUAGAUGGAGUCGAGAAUAUUUAACGUCAUUGCAGAGUAGGAGUAAAUGGAAAAUCGAGAAACCAAAUCUGAAAAUCGACGAUGUUGUAUUAAUUCAGGAUAACAAUGCGCCGCCGUUAAAAUGGAAAUUAGGAAAGGUUCUCGAAAUUCACGAAGGAAGUGAUCACAGGGUACGCGUUGUUACCUUGAAAACUGCAAACGGAACAUGCAAAAGAGCGAUUAACAAACUCUGUAAAUUACCAAUCGCUGACGACGAUAUAAUAGAAAAUUAA